AUGAAAAGGGGGCAUUCAGGGAGCGAAGAUGACGACGGGGCUAAUUCGUCCCGCUUGGUAAAGCACUCCAAGCUAUCCGAGUUGCAAAGCGGGGAAAGGGCAACGCACAGAAAGGAUGAGUAUGAUGUGGCGUGGCUUUGCGCGCUGCACAUUGAAAUGGGAGCGGCCCGUGCCAUGCUCGACGAGACUCAUGAUCCAUUGCCAUCAAUGGAAAAUGAUACCAACAGCUACGUCCUUGGGAGGAUUCAAACACACAACGUCGUCAUCGCGUGCCUACCAAAUGCCGAGUACGGAACCAACAAUGCGGCUCACGUGGCAAGCAACCUGAAGCGCACGUUUCCCAGCAUCAAAUACUGGUUGAUGGUUGGGAUCGGAGGCGCAAACCCAAGUAGGCAGGAUAUUCGCUUGGGCGAUGUCGUCGUUGGAACAAAAGUAAUGCAAUACGAUUUGGGCAAAUUCGCCAAAGGCGAGUUAAAGACCACAGCAAUACCGAGAUCACCUGACCAUUCCCUGGGCACGGCCAUUUCCAACUUGCGGUCCAAACAUGAGCUUGAACCAAAUCAAAUUCCCUCCAUCCUGCAGAAUAAGCUAGGGAACCAUCAACACUUCCUUCACCCAAACCUACCAGAUCGCCUAUUUCAUAAUUCAUACGAACAUGAUGGAGAAGCAUCUUCGUGCGAAGACUGCGACCCGUCAAAAAUCAUGCCUCGCCGAAUUAGAGGGUCAGAUAUCCCGCAGAUACAUUAUGGCGCUAUUGCGUCAGGAAAUCAGGUAAUGAAGGAUGCCUCAAUCAGGGAUAAAGUAGGUUCAGAACUGGAUGUCAUAUGCUUCGAAAUGGAGGCUGCCGGCAUAAUGUGCGUCCUCCCAUGCCUGCCAAUACGAGGAAUCUGUGACUACGCAGAUAGCCACAAGUGCAAGCAAUGGCAAAGGUAUGCCGCAGCGACCGCAUCCGCCUAUGCAAGGGAAUUACUCGAGGUUCUGCCAAGCUCUAAUGCCUACACUCUAGUGUCUUUCCACUCUAACAUUGACCAUUCGAAGGACCUUCAACAACACCGUCGCAAGAAGUUCCUCGGUUCUCUCAAUUUCGAACAGAUCGAAUCCCAGCGAUUGACUAUCAAAGAAGCCCAUGAAAAAACCUGCCGCUGGUUCCUCAGCCACCCAUCUUACAAAGCCUGGCUUGACGCUUCGCAACUGAAACAACAUCAUGGGUUGCUCUGGGUCUGUGGUAAGCCUGGUGCAGGGAAGUCAACAUUGAUGAAGUUUGUCCAUUCCACAUUGGUCACCAAACACUACGGCCAUCAGGUCAUUGCAUCCUUCUUCUUCAACGCCAGAGGUGAAUCCUUGGAAAAGUCGGUGUCCGGAAUGUAUCGUUCACUGCUACUGCAGUUUCUGGAAGGUUACCCAGACCUUCAGCAGGUCUUGGACGACCCUGGGCUCAUGGCCAAUGUAUGGAGUCAGGACCCAAAUCCCCAGGUACUGCUGAAUCACCCUGAGCUCAUGACUUUUUCAUUCAGCCAAGGGUAUUACCGCCUCUCUUUGGAUGUUCUCCAAAACAUCUUUCGAGCCGCGAUAAUGAAGCUCGGCAGCCGCCCUUUCACCUGCUUCAUUGACGCUCUUGAUGAAUGCGAUGAACAACAAGCAGUCGAGAUGGUAUACUUCUUCGAAGCGGUCACCAAACAAUCUACUGAUAUCCGAGUGCCCCUUCGUAUCUGCUUUUCCAGUCGCCAUUACCCGUGUAUUAACACAAGCUGGAGCAUUCGGGUGAUACUCGAGGCCCAACCAGGACAUACCAACGAUUUGAAGGACUACACUAAGAGCAGUCUGCGCAUUACGAACCCUCGACUAGUUAAGCAGUUACAAAAGGACAUCAUAGACAAAGCUGCCGGGGUGUUUCUAUGGGUUGUGCUUGUUGUUCAAAUUCUCAAUGUCGAGGAUAGACGGGGUCGACCAACGCUUCGGAAAAGGCUCGAGGAGAUUCCAAGCGGCUUAACCGAGCUCUUGAGGGACCUUGUGGUAAGAGACAAAGAUAACAUUGAUGAGUUUGUUCUGUCUACUCUAUGGAUUCUCUUUGCAAACAGACCGCUUCGUCCCAACGAGUACUUCCAUGCUUUGUGGUCUGGACUCCAUUCGAAGGGCUCAGCAGAUACAGAAAUCCCGGACACGUCUCUUUAUACAGAUGAGACAGCUACCAGAUAUGUAACCAGUUCUUCCAAGGGAUUGGCCGAGAUAACCAUAUCUAACACACCAACCGUACAAUUCAUCCACGAGUCCGUCCGGGACUUUCUCCUCAAACAUAAUGGCCUCAAUAUUCUUUGGGCUGAACUUGGAUCUGAAAGAGAAAGUCCAAGUCACGACAGGCUAAAAGAAUGCUGCGAGGCUUAUCUGAAGCAUGCCACCUUCCAAGAAUUCAUCUCCGAGACAAAAGGCGAGUAUAUUGCACAGGGAUUACAACGCUUCCCAUUUCUAGCUUACGCUUCUCAAAAUAUUCUGAAUCAUGCCGAACACGCCGCAAAGGCCAUUCCCCAAGAUACUUUCUUAAACGGUAUGAAGCUCACUCAGUUGAUCAGAAUUCUAGAAUCCCUGAAUGGGGACAUAUAUCAACAUCACCUUGUUAAAGGAAGAAGAAAUAUUCUCUUUAUUCUGGCAGAUAAAGAUUACCCAAAACUGAUUCGUGCCUGGAUAAAAGACAAACCAACAUCUAAGGUUUAUGGAAAGCAGUUCAGAGAUGCUCUGUUUGCUGCUUUCGAUAGGAACAACAAGAGAUCUAUAGUCGCCCUGUUCGGUUUAUCGACACGUAUUUACAACGGAGUCGACAUCACAGCUGGCUUUGCCACAAGACAUGAGAUGUACAUUGGUCUGACGCCGUUGACAUGGGCCGCCAAAGACGGAAGGGCCGAGUACAUAGAGCUACUUCUCGAAAAAGGAUUCGACAUUGAUGUUAAAGAUGACUACGGCGACACGGCACUUUCAGAGGCCUCGCGUAUGGGUCACGAAGGGAUUGUACGGCUUCUCCUUGAAAAGAAGGCGGAUGUAAAUUCGACGUCCGAAGAUGGCUCGACGCCCCUCAUCUCUGCCUCGAUGCGUGGUCAAGACUCUCUAGUCAAGCUUUUCAUAGAGAACGGGGCUGAUCUACAUGCUACUAAUGACAAAGGUUUUACAGCACUUAUACAGGCUUUGAGGUUUGGUCAUGAAGAGACUGCUAAGCUCUUAAGAGAGAAUGGGGCAGUGGAAAUAGCACAGUUAACCACAGCUCCACACUUGUAG